UUUACAAUCAAUGGGAAGCCCUGAUUUGCCAUUCAGUUACAAAAAUAAAAUAGUUACACUAUUAUUUCCAGGGAAACGGGACGCUCCAAGACACGCCCACCACACUUAUAAUUGAACAAAUACUAGUAGACAGUACUGUUACAAAAUCUUAAGGGCUCGCAAAGUGGGUUAGGGCAGUAAGAGGUUGUUGGAGGUUGGCAGAGACUUUAUAAGCAACAUCAACAAAGUAAUAUGAUUUAGGAGCCACUUGUAUACACUGCAGAACUUGCAAGGAAAUAUUAAACAUUACCAUUUUACAGAUAAGGUUACUCCCUCCAAUUCACAACGUUGGCUGAAUAGUGUUGUGGAAUAAGGUGCAAGCCCUUUCUGCAAACGUGGGGAGUUUAUUUAAUUGUUUAUUUUGUAAAUUGAAAACAAGCUAGAUACACAAUGACAGACGAUGAAGAGGCGGAGGCUCCAAGUUUCUCAGAAGAUGAAAGAGUAACAUUUGUUGGAAAUCGACUUUGCCAGUCGUUUAAAAUGAAAGUUGACAAAUGGGACAAAUAUAUUACAGUGGACGAAAACCAGAAAGCUCUAGCAGAUUUUUUUGAAAAAGACACGAAUGAAUUUUUGGUAUUCAACAUUACUCCAGCAGGUCUUUUGAUUUCUUCUCAGGAGGUCCCAGCUAAUUUGAAAAACAAAUCUGUUUACAUGAUCAAAAAGAGCGCUGACAUCAUCAUUCUUUCAGACAAUUAUAAGAAAGAUCUUUUAUUUGGAGAGGUCUCUGUAACACUGCUGGGACAGAUGACAGAUGUUCUUGAGAAGGUUUUGCUUCCUGUUCUGUCAAACAAGAAGAACAACCAGAAAUGGCCUCAUUUCAUUUCCCAAGAUGUGAAUCGCCAUGUGGAGAAUUUAAAAAGCAAGGUCUCUGUUGUAAAGGGACAGGUCAUAGGACGAACAGUCCUUCCCAUCCCAACCAUUACAGAUAGAAUUAGAGAUGUGCAAGAGGACUGUAUCAAACAAGAUCACUAUGACAGGACAGUGGUCCAUGCAAUUGAGUCCAUGGUUAUAAGCUGGACGCAUCAGAUCAGAGAUGUGUUGAAAGAGGACUCUGCUCAGCCUUUACUGCAGGGCUUAAAUCCUGGCCCCAGAACAGAGCUGGACUUCUGGAAAGCAAGACUGGAAAAUAUGUUAAGCAUAUAUGAACAGCUUCAAAGCCCGGUUGUCCGCAAAAUUGCCAAAAUAUUGGAAACAUCAGAAAGCAGCUAUUAUCCCACAUUUAAAGAAACGUUUAGGGAUGUCGCAGAUGGGCUGGUUGAGGCCCAGGAUGUUGAGCUGCACUUGAGGCCACUGCACAGAUAUGUUGACCUGCUGUUGGAAGAAGAGUUCCCUCAGACCCAGACUCUCAUUCCUCCUCUGUUCCACACCAUUUGUCUGAUAUGGACCCACUCCAAGUUUUACAGCUUUCCUGCUCGUAUUGUCGUCCUUUUACAGGAGUUCUGCAAUGUACUUAUCGACCAGGCUAUAAUUUACUUAUCCCCGGAAGAACUUCUUAAAGGAGAAACAGAAGAGACUCUGGAACACGUUCAAGUAACUGUAAACCUCUUCAAGGCUUUCAAGGAGGCGUUUGCAUGUCACAGGGACAGGCUGUCCAGCUUCGUUCCCGAUGGAAUGGAGUUCAAGCCUUGGGAUUUCCAUUCCCAGAUGGUAUUUGCACGAUUCGACAGGUUUCUUGCCCGCUUACUCGAGGUGGAGGACCUGUUCGUCAACAUCUUGGAGUUCCAGAAGUUGGAGAAGCUGGAGUUUGGAGGGAUUAAAGGGAAAGUUUUGAGUGAACAAGUUAGCAUGAUGAAUGAUGAGUUUUUGGAAUGCUGCAAAGUUUUUAAGGACCGCAAUUAUGAUCCGUUGGAUUACAACUGUCAGGAAUUUGAAUAUGACUAUCACGUUUUUAAAGAGAAGAUACUAGACUUGGACAGACGCCUUGCCACAAUUCUGUACUUGGCAUUUAAGGACUGCUCUGGUUUGGAAUCAGCUUUUAAGUUGGUUGCUGUGUUUGGUUGCUUCCUGGAGAGGCCUGUUGUUAAGGAGAUUUUCAGCCCUAACUACGGAGUACUGCUUCAGAUGUUCAACCUGGAACUGGACAGGUGUAAACAACUAUAUGACACCUGCGUCCAGAUGGAAAAGGGUGUGAAGGUAGUAAACAAGAACAUGCCAGCAACUUCAGGGUCCCUGCAAUGGGCAAAAGAGCUCAAGGAACGAAUUCAAACUCCUUGGUCAAACUUUAAGUUUAUUCACCACCCAAGUGUAGAAGGAGCAGAAGUAGGUGUGGUCUACCAGAAAUACUUAGAGAUGCUGACUUUACUGGAUGAGUAUGAGGAGCAGAUCUACUCGGGAUGGACAUGUGGAGUGGAUGAAGUGUGCCAGUUCAACUUGGAUCAACCACUAAUCAAACGAGAAUCUCACAGUGGGCUGCUGUUUGUGAAUUUCGAUCCUAAGCUUGUAGGUGUCCUCCGAGAAGUAAAAUAUCUUCAUAUGCUGAACAUGACAAGUAUUCCUGAAGCAGCCCUGACCAUAUCUGAACAGAGAGACAUGCUGGUUAAGUACAUUGGAAAUCUUGAACUUCUGGUAAAAUGGUACAACAAAGUUAAGCAGACUGUCCUGGAAGUGGAAUACCCCUUGAUCAGGGCUGAGUUGAGAGCCAUUGAUGAGCAACUGCGAGCAGCUGAGGAGACCCUGACUUGGAGGGAGCAGAGCUGCUGGGAGUACGUCAUUAACAUCAAGGACACAGUGCAUGACCUGGAGAGGAGAGUGCAAAGAGCAAAGGAUAACAUGGAGACCAUCCAGGUCAUGAUGAGUUCUUGGAGUGAACAUGCACUGUUUUCCAGAAAGGAGAACAAAACGGAUACCUUAUUGAGCCUGGAGGACAAAAACGACAGGGUUACAAAGAGGUACAAGAUGAUACAGGAAGAUGGAGAACGAAUUCAUAAACUUAUUGAGGAGAACGUCAGUCUCUUCAGUGCUGACCCUUCCUCUGACUCUUGGAAAGCGUAUGUGGAGUACAUUGAUGAAAUGGUGGUGGAUGGGUUUUUCCACGCCAUCACAUGCUCUCUGGAGUUUUUCAUUGAGAACACACAAAGUGUCUUCAAAGUGUCCCCACUGUUUGAGGCACAGAUGAUCCUGAGCGCCCCAGAAAUCACCUUCAAGCCCUCCCUGGAUAAAGAGGCUGGGGAUGGCUUCUAUGACUUGGUUGAAGAAUUGUUGAGCGCCAUUUAUAAAAUGUCUGCACAGAUGAGGAGAGUAGCAGGCCACAUGGGAAUGGGAAACUACCAGCAUGAUAUGGAUGACAUGCUGGAUCUGCUAGAUAUGCGGCAGGAGAUCAUGGACAGAGUAUCAGAUGUCAUAAAAAAGGCCAUACAGUACAAGAGCUCCUUUGACCCAUACGCCUACCUCUGGGUGGAUGACAGAGCUGAGUUCAUGAAGCAGUUUCUCCUGUUUGGCCAUGUCUUAACCACAGAGGAGAUAGAAACUCAGGGAGAUAAAAUGUUUCCCGAGUGCCCUCCAUCUAUUGAACAAUUCAGAGACCAGAUUGAAGUCUAUGAAAAGCUGUACACACAGAUCAGCAAAUUUGAAGACACCAAAGUGUUUGAAUCCUGGUUUCGAGUUGAUAUUAAAUCAUUUAAAAUAAGCCUUUUAAAUACUAUCAAAAAGUGGAGCUGGAUGUUUAAAGAGCAUCUCAUGACCUACGUCACUGACAGCCUUAAUGAGUUGGAAGAAUUCAUGAAAGUAACAGAUAAAGCUCUUCAGAAGCCUGUGAGUAAGGGUGACUACAAAGGCCUUGUCGAGAUCAUGGAAUUUCUUCUGGCUGUACGGGACCGGCAGGCUGUAACGGAUGAUCUCUUUGAACCUCUGAAGGAGACGAUUGCUCUGCUGGAGGGCUGUGGGCAGCAGAUGCCUGACCAGGUUUACACACAGCUGGAAGAACUGCCAGAGAAGUGGAACAACACCAAGAAAAUAGCUGUGUCUGUAAAGCACGAAGUUGCUCCUCUUCAAAGUGCUGAAGUUGCGUAUAUUAGAAGAAAAUGUGUUGCCUUUGACGUGAAGCAAUGUGAGUUCAGAGAAAAGUUCAGAUUGGAGGCACCAUUCAACUUCAAUGCAGAUAAUCCAUAUGCCCUUCUCGAAAAGGCUCACAGGGAAAUAAAGUUGCUUGAAGAGCAGAUGAUCGAGAUGCAGGAGUCCAGUAACCUGUUUGAAGUGACCGUUCCAGACUACAGGCAGCUCAAACAGUGCCGGCGGGAGAUCGUCAUUCUUAAAGGACUUUGGGAUAUUAUUAUCUAUGUCCAAAGUAGCAUUGAGGAUUGGACCAAGACACAGUGGAGGCAGAUUAACGUGGAACAGAUGGAUGUGGAGCUGAGAAGAUUUGCCAAGGAAAUCAGGAUGUUAGACAAGGAAGUGCGUGGCUGGGAUGCCUACACAGGUCUGGAUUCCACAGUGAAGAAUCUGGUAACGUCUCUCAGAGCAGUGACUGAGCUGCAGAACUCAGCCAUUAGAGAAAGGCACUGGCACCAGCUGAUGAGCACCACAGGGGUGAACUUCACCAUGAAUGACGACACAACCUUGACUGAUCUAUUGGCCCUGCAGCUGCACAGGGUGGAAGAUGAAGUCAGGAACAUUGUGGACAAGGCUGUGAAGGAAAUGGGCAUUGAAAAGGUUCUAACAGAGAUCAAUCAGACUUGGAGCACUAUGGAAUUCUCAUAUGAAGAGCAUUACCGAACAAGAGCCCCCCUGUUAAAAUCUGAUGAAGAACUCAUUGAAACAUUAGAGGAUAAUCAGGUGCAGUUGCAGGCCAUACUGCAGAGCAAGUAUGUGGAGUACUUCAUUGAGCAGGUCUCCAGCUUGCAGAAGAAGCUGACUGUGGCAGACUCCGUCAUCUUCAUCUGGAUGGAAGUCCAGCGUACAUGGUCUCAUCUGGAGAGCAUCUUUAUUGGAUCGGAGGACAUUCGGAAGCAACUUCCGCAAGAUGCCAAGCGGUUUGAUGGGAUAGAUGCAGAUUUUAAGGAAUUAAUGUUUGAAAGUGCUAAAACGAAGAAUGUAAUAGAGGCAACAAACAAGCCUAAUCUGUUUGAAAGACUAGAAGAUCUGCAGAAAAGACUGUCCCUCUGUGAAAAGUCACUCGCUGAAUAUCUAGAAACCAAGCGCUUGGCUUUCCCACGUUUUUACUUUGUGUCUUCUGCAGACUUAUUGGAUAUUCUUUCAAAAGGAACACAGCCUAAAGAGGUUACACGGCAUCUUGCCAAGCUAUUUGACAAUAUGGCUGAUCUUAAGUUUGAGGAGGAUGAAAAGGAGCCAACAAAGACUGCUGUUGGGAUGUACAGUAAAGAAAAUGAGUAUGCUUCCUUCAGUGCAAACUGCAACUGUAGUGGACAAGUUGAAACCUGGCUGAGCCGUCUGGAAGAGACCAUGUGUAAAACGGUCCGUCAUCAUAUCACCGAGGCAGUGGGGGCCUAUGAGGAGAAGCCCAGGGAACAGUGGCUCUUUGACUACCCUGCUCAGGUGGCUCUCACCAGCUCUCAGGUCUGGUGGACAACAGAUGUGGGCAUAGCCUUCGAGAGGCUGGAAGAAGGGUUUGAAACAGCUCUGAAGGACUACAAUAAGAAACAGAUCUCACAGCUUAAUAUACUUAUUAACAUGCUGUUGGGGGAGCUGACUCCAGGAGACCGGCAGAAGAUCAUGACCAUUUGUACUAUUGAUGUUCAUGCAAGGGAUGUCGUGGCAAAGCUCAUAGCUCAGAAGGUCACCAAUUCCCAAGCUUUUCCCUGGUUGUCACAGCUGAGACACCGCUGGGACGAAGACAGGAAGCACUGCUUCGCUAACAUCUGCGAUGCUCAGUUCCAGUAUUCCUACGAGUACCUGGGCAACACGCCCCGCUUGGUGAUCACACCUCUCACUGACAGAUGCUACAUCACCCUGACACAGUCCCUGCACCUUACUAUGAGUGGGGCACCUGCAGGUCCUGCAGGAACUGGCAAGACAGAGACUACCAAAGAUUUGGGGAGAGCGCUAGGCGUGAUGGUGUAUGUGUUCAACUGCUCCGAGCAGAUGGAUUACAAGUCCAUAGGAAAUAUCUACAAAGGUUUGGCUCAAACUGGUGCCUGGGGCUGCUUUGAUGAAUUUAACCGGAUUUCAGUGGAGGUUCUGUCAGUGGUUGCCGUUCAAGUUAAAACCAUACAGGAUGCCAUUAGAAAUAAGAGAACGAGGUUUUUAUUCCUCGGAGAAGAAAUUAGGCUGAAGCCAUCUGUGGGGAUAUUUAUCACCAUGAAUCCAGGCUAUGCUGGACGAACAGAGCUCCCUGAGAAUCUCAAAGCACUGUUCAGACCUUGUGCCAUGGUAGUUCCUGACAUAGAGCUGAUCUGUGAGAUCAUGCUGGUAGCUGAAGGCUUCCUUGAAGCCAGGCUGCUGGCUCGCAAAUUCAUCACCUUGUAUACACUCUGCAGGGAGCUGCUUUCAAAACAGGAUCAUUAUGACUGGGGUCUCCGUGCGGUGAAAUCAGUCCUGGUUGUUGCAGGAUCCCUGAAAAGAGGAGACAAGAGCAGACCAGAAGACCAGGUGCUGAUGCGUGCUCUAAGAGACUUUAACCUGCCAAAGAUAGUUACAGAUGACGUCCCCAUCUUCAUGGGGCUGAUUGGGGAUCUCUUCCCAGCUCUGAAUGUCCCGAGGAAGAGGGACAUGGAGUUUGAACAGAUGGUGAGGCAGUCCACCCUGGAUCUCUGUCUGCAGCCAGAGGAGAGCUUCAUCCUCAAAGUGGUUCAGCUGGAGGAGCUGUUGGCGGUCCGCCAUUCAGUGUUUGUGGUGGGAAAUGCUGGUACAGGAAAAAGUGAGAUUUUAAAAACCCUUAACAAGACUUACACGAAUUUGAAGAGGAAACCUGUCUGGAAUGACCUCAAUCCAAAAGCUGUCAUUACAGAUGAGCUGUUCGGGGUUAUACAUCCAGCUACAAGGGAGUGGAAAGAUGGACUUUUAUCAUGUCUCAUGCGAGAGCAGGCAAAUAUUUCACAUCAUGGGCCAAAGUGGAUUGUAUUAGAUGGAGAUAUAGACCCUAUGUGGAUUGAGUCACUUAACACUGUCAUGGAUGACAACAAGGUACUGACACUUGCCAGCAAUGAACGCAUUCCCCUUACUCCAACCAUGAGGCUAGUGUUUGAAAUAAGUCAUCUGAGAACAGCAACUCCAGCCACUGUCUCCAGAGCAGGCAUUCUGUAUGUUAAUCCCCAGGACCUUGGGUGGAAUCCGUAUGUAGCCAGUUGGAUCGACACAAGGAGUCAGCAGUCAGAAAAGGCCAAUCUAACCAUCCUGUUUGACAAGUAUGUUCCUCCGUGUCUGGAGCUACUGAGGUCAAACGUUAAAACCAUCACUCCUAUUCCUGAAAACAGCAUGGUGCAGACUCUUUGCUCAUUGCUGGACUGUCUCUUAACACCAGAGAAUGUGCUCCCUGACUCCCCUCGAGAGCUGUAUGAGGUUUAUUUCUCCUUCGCCUGCAUUUGGGCUUUCGGUGGAGCUGUCUAUCAAGAUCAGCUAAUUGACUAUCGAGCUGAAUUCAGUCAGUGGUGGACCAAAGAGAUGAAAACUGUCAAAUUUCCAUCCCAGGGCACGGUUUUUGAUUACUAUCUUGACCCACAGACCAGGAAAUUCUUACACUGGAAUGAUAAAGUACCUGCAUUUGUGAUGGAGCCAGAAGCAUCACUGCAGGCAGUGCUGGUACACACGUCAGAAACGACUCGCCUGAGGUACUUCAUGGACCUGCUUCUGGAAAGAGGGAAGCCGGUGAUGUUGGCGGGGAAUGCUGGUGUUGGAAAGACAGCACUGGUGGGAGACAGAAUGGGGGGCCUCUCUGAAGAAUACAUGGUCUCUAAUGUACCACUGAACUAUUACACCACCUCAGCUGUGCUGCAAAAGGUUCUUGAGAAGCCCUUGGAGAAGAAGGCUGGACGUAACUAUGGUCCUCCGGGAAACAAGAAGCUGAUUUAUUUUAUUGAUGACUUGAACAUGCCAGCUGUAGACGCCUAUGGAACAGUUCAGGCUCACACUCUCAUUCGACAGCACAUGGACUACAAGCAUUGGUAUGACAGACAGAAGUUAACUCUUAAAGAAAUUCACAAGUGUCAGUAUGUUGCCUGUAUGAAUCCAACUGCUGGUAGCUUCACUAUCAAUUCUCGCCUACAGAGACAUUUCACAGUGUUUGCAGUGAACUUCCCCUCUGCUGAUGCUCUGGAAGCAAUCUACAGCCAGAUCCUGAACUUCCACUUCCAGCAGUUUGCUUUCAACCCAGCUGUUGUGAGAACAGGCUCCACUGUGGUCCAGGCAGCCAUCUGGCUCCAUCAAAAAAUGGUUCAAAACUUUCUGCCGACUGCUAUCAAAUUCCAUUACAUCUUCAACCUGAGGGACCUCUCUAACAUCUUUCAGGGCAUCUUGUUUUCAGCUCCUGACUGUUUAAAGCAGACUGCAGAUUUGGUUCAGCUGUGGCUACAUGAGUCGUCCCGAGUCUACGCAGACAAACUGGUGGAGUCCAAAGACUCAGAGCUUUUUCACAAAAUGCUCCUAGACACUGCGCACAAGUACUUUGAAGGUGUGGGGGAUCACAUUCUACUGCAGAGGCCUCUGAUUUAUUGCCAUUUUGCCAAUGGGGUUGGAGAUCCCCGCUACAUGCCUGUUAAGGAAUGGGAGACUCUGAAGAGAAUUUUGGUGGAAACUCUCGACAGCUACAAUGAACUCAAUGCUGCAAUGAACCUAGUGCUCUUUGAAGAUGCCAUGCAGCAUGUGUGUCGUAUAAGCCGCAUCCUGGAAGCCUCUCGAGGAUACGCCCUGCUCGUGGGAGUGGGAGGCAGUGGGAAGCAGAGCCUGUCAAGACUGGCAGCAUACAUCAGCGCUCUAGACGUUUUCCAGGUCACGUUGAGGAAAGGAUAUGGGAUCCAGGACCUGCGGGUGGAUCUGGCCAAUUUGUACAUCAAGACUGGAGCCAAGAAUAUGCCCACUGUGUUUCUGCUGACAGAUGCCCAAGUCCCAGAUGAACACUUCCUUGUGCUAAUUAACGACCUGUUGGCAUCAGGCGAGAUUCCAGAUUUGUUCAGCGAUGAAGAAGUAGAUGGUAUCAUCACUGGAAUAAGGAAUGAGGUCCGAGGGCUUGGCUUGCUCGACAGCAGGGAGAACUGCUGGAAGUUCUUUAUAGAACGGGUUCGGCAGCAGCUGAAGGUUGUCUUGUGUUUCUCACCAGUCGGCUCCACCCUGCGCAUCAGAGCCCGGAAGUUCCCUGCCGUAGUUAACUGUACAGCUAUCGACUGGUUUCAUGAGUGGCCGCAGGAGGCCCUGCAGUCUGUCAGCAGGAGGCUCAUUGAGGAGAUUCAGGGGAUUGAGCCUAGCGUCCAGGAAUCCAUUAGUCUUUUUAUGGCCUACGUUCAUACCAGUGUCAACGAGACCAGUGAAAAAUACCGGCAGAAUGAGAAGCGGUACAAUUACACCACCCCGAAGAACUUUCUUGAGCAAAUCGCCCUCUACAAAAACCUGCUGGGGAGGAAAAGGCAAGAACUUUCACAAAAAAUGGAGCGUCUUGCCAAUGGGAUAGAGAAACUGAAGACCACAGCAUCUCAGGUUGAGGAUCUCAAGGCCAAACUUGCAUCACAAGAGGUUGAGCUGAAUCUUAAGAAUCAGGAUGCUGAAGCCUUAAUUACUAAGAUCGGGCUGCAGACUGAGAAAGUGAGCCAUGAAAAGACCAUAGCCGAUGCAGAGGAGCAGAAGGUUGCAGCAAUCCAAGCUGAAGUGUCUGCAAAACAAAAAGACUGUGAAGAUGACCUAUCUAAGGCUGAACCAGCACUAGUGGCAGCUACUACUGCAUUGAAUACCCUAAACAAGGUGAACCUCACAGAACUGAAGACCUUCCCAAACCCCCCAAUCGCAGUAACCAAUGUGUCUGCUGCCGUGAUGGCUUUGAUGGCUCCCAGAGGUAAAGUUCCCAAGGACAGAAGCUGGAAAGCUGCAAAGAUCUUCAUGGGAAAGGUUGAUGAUUUCUUGCAGGCACUUAUACAUUAUGAUAAAGAACACAUCCCUGAGAAUUGUCUGAAAGUGGUGAAGGAGGAGUAUCUGAAGAACCCGGAGUUUCACCCUGACCUUGUUCGCACCAAGUCCUUUGCAGCAUCUGGGCUUUGUGCCUGGGUCAUCAACAUCAUCAGAUAUUAUGAGGUGUUCUGCGAUGUGGAACCGAAGAGACAGGCCUUGUCACAGGCAAAUACUGAUUUGGAUACAGCAACAGGAAAGCUGGAGACCAUCAGGAAGAAGCUAGUUGAUUUGGAUGCUAAUCUGCGUCGGCUCACUACCCGGUUUGAGAAGGCGACUGCAGAGAAAGUGCGCUGUCAGGAUGAGGUGACCAGAACCAACAGGACAAUUGAACUGGCUAACAGGCUGGUGAAGGGGCUUGAGUCUGAGAACAUCCGCUGGGCUCAGUCGGUGCAGCUUUUUGAAGCUCAAGAGAAAACUCUUUGUGGUGACACCCUGCUAACAGCGGCCUUUGUGUCCUACAUUGGAUCCUUUACUAGACAUUACCGCCAGGAAUUAGUGGAGAGCAUGUGGAUCCCUUUCUUAAAAUCCCAGAAGGUCCCCAUCCCAUUGACGGAAGGACUGGAUCCAAUCGGCAUGCUAACUGAUGAUGCUACCGUCGCGGCUUGGAAUAAUGAAGGUCUGCCUAGUGACAGAAUGUCAACGGAGAAUGCCACCAUUCUGACCAACUGUGAGCGCUGGCCACUGAUGAUUGACCCCCAACAGCAAGGGAUCAAAUGGAUAAAAAACAAAUACGGGAGUGAUCUGAAAGUUGUAUGUUUAGGGCAGAAAGGAUAUUUAGAUACUAUUGAGAGAGCUGUGGCUGGUGGUGAAACUGUUCUGAUUGAAAACCUAGAGGAAACAGUGGAGCCUGUUCUUGAUACAUUGCUGGGGAGGAACACUAUUAAGAAAGGAAGAUACAUCAGGAUCGGGGAUAAGGAGUGCGAGUACAGUAGCAGGUUCCGGUUAAUUCUGCACACCAAGCUGGCGAACCCCCACUACAAGCCGGAGAUGCAGGCCCAGAGCACACUCAUCAACUUCACUGUGACCCGGGAUGGUCUGGAGGAGCAGCUGCUGGCUGAGGUGGUCAGCACAGAGAGGCCCGACCUGGAGAAACUCAAGUCUGAGCUCACCAAGCAGCAGAACGACUUCAAGAUCGAGCUGAAGAGGCUGGAGGAUGAGCUGCUGACCCGCCUCUCUGCAGCCAAGGGGAGCUUCCUGGGUGACACAGUGCUGGUGGAGAAGCUAGAGACCACCAAGCUGACCGCCGCUGAGAUUGAGUGCAAAGUGUUUGAAGCAAAAGAGAAUGAAAUAAAGAUCAACGAGGCCCGUGAGUUCUACCGACCUGCAGCAGAAAGGGCAUCUGUUCUAUACUUUAUCAUUAAUGAUCUGAGCAAAAUAAACCCCAUGUACCAGUUUUCUCUGAAGACAUUUAAUAUAGUCUUCCAUAAAGCCAUUGAGCGGGCUGAGAAGUGUGAUGAGGUGCAGGAGAGAGUUGUCAGCUUGAAGGACUGCAUCACCUACUCUGUAUUUCUGUACACCAGCCGUGGGCUCUUUGAACGAGACAAGCUAACCUUCUUGUCACAAACAGCCUUCCAGAUUCUUCUGAUAAACAAGGCGAUAGAUCCUCAGGAGCUGGAUUUCCUUCUGAGAUUCAACAUUGAGCUCAGCAGCAAGAGUCCUGUCCACUUCCUGUCUUCCCAGGCCUGGAGUGCCAUCAAGACCAUGUCCAUGUGGGAUGGGUUUCGGGGGCUGGACAGGGAUAUCGAAGGGUCAGCAAAGCGUUGGAAGAAGCUGGUGGAGUCGGAGUGUCCUGAGAGAGAGAAGUUUCCACAGGAGUGGAAAAACAAGAGCUCUCUGCAGAAACUCAUUAUGUUGAGAGCUCUCCGCCCUGACAGAAUGACAUACGCAGUCAGAAACUAUGUCGAAGAAAACAUUGGCUCUAAGUAUGUAGAGGGUGCCCGGAUGGAGUUUGCUAAAUCAUAUGAGGAGAGUAGCCCUGCCACCCCAGUGUUCUUCAUCCUGUCUGCAGGAGUGAACCCUCUGAAGGAUGUGGAGUCUCUUGGUAAGAAGCUGGGAUUCACCAUUGAUCUCGGGAAGCUUCACAAUGUAUCCCUCGGGCAGGGGCAGGAGGUAGUAGCUGAGAAAGCCCUGGAAAAGGCAUCCCACGAAGGACACUGGGUAAUUCUGCAGAAUGUCCAUUUGGUGGCCAAGUGGUUAGGAACCCUGGAGAAGUUACUGGAGAAGUACAGUGAGGGCAGCCACCCAGACUACAGGGUGUUCAUCAGUGCCGAACCAGCAGCAACCCCGGAUGAGCACAGCAUCCCACAAGGCAUACUGGAGAACUCCAUUAAAAUUACCAACGAGCCCCCUACUGGCAUGCUGGCUAACCUGCACGCUGCCUUGUACAACUUUGACCAGGACACCCUGGAAAUGUGUGCCAGGGAGCAGGAGUUCAAAAGCAUCCUGUUCUGUCUCUGUUAUUUCCACGCCUGUGUUGCUGAAAGGCGCAAGUUUGGACCUCAGGGCUGGAACCGAAGCUAUCCCUUCAACACCGGAGACCUCACCAUAUCCGUCAAUGUCCUGUACAACUACCUCGAAGCAAACACCAAGGUCCCCUGGGAGGAUCUGUGCUAUCUGUUUGGUGAGAUCAUGUAUGGGGGGCACAUCACUGAUGACUGGGACAGGCGACUGUGUCACACCUACCUUGAGGAGUUCAUGCAUCCUGAUAUGCUAGAAGGGGAGCUCUUCCUUGCCCCUGGUUUUGUUGCUCCCCCAAACCUGGAUUACGUCGGCUACCACAAGUAUGUUGAUGAUGUGCUCCCCCCUGAAAGCCCUGUGCUGUACGGCCUGCACCCCAACGCUGAAAUCGAAUUCCUGACGGUCAUUUCAGAUAACCUCUUCAGGACCAUCUUAGAAAUGCAGCCUCGGGACUUGGCCAUUGGAGAGGGCUCAGUUCAGACUGCGGAGGAGAAGGUUAAAAAUGUUCUGGAUGAUAUUUUGGAGAAACUACCUGAAAAAUUCAACAUGCAUGAGAUAAUGCUAAAGACAUCUGAACGCACUCCUUAUAUUGUUGUCUGCUUCCAAGAAUGUGAACGCAUGAAUUUAUUAAUUCAUGAAAUAAGGAGAUCAUUAAAAGAAUUGGACUUGGGUUUAAAGGGAGAGCUGACAAUCUCUUCAGAAAUGGAAGCUCUGCAGUCAGCUUUGUAUUAUGAUACUGUGCCAGGAUCGUGGACCAAACUAGCUUACCCAUCUACAUAUGGACUUGGACAAUGGAUAAAUGAUCUGCUGCUGCGUUGUCGUGAGCUUGACACCUGGACACAAGACCUUGUCCUCCCUGCAGUUGUUUGGCUGUCUGGGUUCUUUAAUCCUCAGUCAUUCCUGACAUCCAUUAUGCAAAGCAUGGCUCGUAAAAAUGAAUGGCCUCUGGAUAAGAUGUGCCUCACUGUCGAUGUAACAAAGAAGACCAAAGAUGAUUAUGGGCAUCCACCAAGAGAAGGGGCUUAUAUUCAUGGUUUAUACAUGGAAGGUGCCCGAUGGGAUGCCCAGUGUGGUAUCACUGAAGCAUGGCUGAAGGACCUGACUCCUGCCAUGCCAGUCAUCUAUGUCAGAGCCAUUCCGGUUGACAGGCAAGAAACGAAGAGCAUCUACGCGUGCCCUGUAUACAAAACCAAAACAAGAGGGCCUACCCAUGUCUGGACUUUUAAUCUGAAGACCAAAGAGAAGCCAGCCAGAUGGAUCCUUGCAGGCGUGGCACUCCUCUUGUCAGUGUAAUUUUUGUAAAAAUUUAAUUUUGUAAUUUUUUUUUAUUUUUUUGUUUUAUACCUUGAUAUUUGUUAGCUUACUGUGGUGUAUAUUUUAAUGUAAAUUCAUAUCACAAAACAAGAUUUAAUAAAUG